GUGGGCAGUGGAAAAUCUACUCUUCUGUUAGCAGUUGCUGGUGAGGUACCAGACCAGAACUGGGCAAUUACCCUCAAAAGCACUGUUGUUUAUGUGCCACAGAUUGCUUGGGUAUUCUCUGGGACUAUAAAAGAAAACAUUUUAUUUGGCGAACAGUACGAGGAAUCUAAGUACACCAGAGUCAUUGAAGCAUGUGCUUUGAAUCAAGACAUCAAGAAGUUUCCAGACUGUGACCAAACAGUCGUUGGAGAGCGUGGAGUGGUGCUAAGUGGUGGCCAGAGAGCAAGAGUAAGUUUAGCACGCGCAGUCUACGCGGAAGCAGAUCUUUACUUGUUGGAUGAUCCCUUAACU